AUGAAGUUUGGAAAAAGUCUUCGCAGUAAGAUAUCCAUCAUCAUGCCAGAAUGGGAAGGUCAGUGUAUAUCAUACAAAGAUCUAAAAAAGCAGUUGAAUCUAAUGGAUCCAGCGACCCGUGAUGAAGGUUUCAGAAGAUUACUUGGAAAAGAACUUGGAAAGAUGAGUGGUUUUUACUUGAUGAAGGAAAAUGAAUACAACAACAGACUCCAGGAGUUGAAAGAAGAGGCGGCUGAUCUGUUUAGCGAUGAAGAUGCAACAGACUUGAUAAGGGAUCUACAGCAAUUCCACAAGGAAUUGGUUCUCCUCCUUAACUACAAUGUGCUCAACUGUGAUGGUAUGCCUUUCUUCUUAAGCUUGUAA